ACACUUGGCUAUAUAUAUACACACAUACGCAGAGAGAGAGAGAGAGAGAGUUGUUUAGUCUCAUCUGAGAAAACAUUAAAAGGUUUGGGUUUGCAGGUAAAGCCAUGGCGGAUAAUAUUGUUUUAAAGACCAUACUGAAAAGUGAGGCUCUUCAAAAGUACAUCUUGGAUACCAGUGCAUACCCAAGAGAACAUGAGCAGCUCAAGAGGCUAAGAGAUGCAACAUUCAAGAAAUAUGGCGACAGAGCGGAGCUAAGUGUGCCCCCUGAUGAAGGAUUGUUCUUGUCUAUGCUUUUGAAAUUAAUGAAUGCGAAGAAGACAUUGGAGAUUGGUGUUUUCACUGGCUAUUCUCUUCUUACCACUGCCCUUGCUUUACCUCAUGAUGGCCAGGCUGAAUCAAACAACAUGCAAGGAAGCCUACUAUUUUUGUCUUUGAAGCGCAAAUGAUUCAAGUUCAAGUGAACUUGGUCUCCUCCUCAGGUGGCGUGAUGUGGUUGGCCAAGCAGUUGUAGUAAACCAAAUGGAUUGGAUCAAAAUCCGACGCUUCGAAGUGGACCCAAUUGGAUUUUGGGUGAAUUCACUUGUUAAGGAGUCUAAAUUAGUUAUUUCGAUAUCUUGUUUGAAUUUUCCAUUUUUAUUAGUUUUGUAAUGUCAGCAAUGAAUUGU